UCUGAGCUCUGAAGAGUCUUUGAGGAGGAUGCGUGCGUGAUGCGCGCGUGCGUGUGUGUCACCCUGACCGUGUGUGUGUGUGUGUGUGUGGGUUGGAGUUGGAGUCUAGUGCGUUAUAGAAAGUGUUGGCAGCAGUGUGCACGCUCUCAGACUGCAGCGGCUGCGUGACUGCGCAGGUGAGUGCCAGGUGCUUUAUCUCCAAAGCCAUGAUGUUUACAAGGACCUUUGAAUAAAGCCUUCGUCCAAUUCAAUUAAGAAGAGAAGCCACAAUGCCUGACCCUUAUCUUCUCCCUCCUGUCCCGCCUCUUGCCAUCCUAAACUGUUCCUCCCCCAACUGUACCCUUGCCAACCUUUCGGCGUUCCACAAUGAGGAGUGCCAUGCCGACCAGCCCUUAUUUGUGAUCCUUGCUGUUGCCUACAGUGCUGUAGCCUUGCUGGGAGUGACUGGUAAUUUGGCAUUGAUUGUUUUGAUUUGGCGCCAGCGUGAACUCUCCAACGCCACUAGCGUGCUUAUUGCCAACCUGUCAGCCUCAGACUUGCUGAUGGCACUUGUCUGUCUGCCAUUCACAUUUGCCUACACGUUAAUGGACCAUUGGGCAUUCGGUGCUGCCAUGUGCAAGAUCAACAGCCUAGCACAGUGCACUUCAGUCUCUGUCUCCAUCUUCUCUCUUGUGCUGAUUGCCGUCGAGCGCCACCAGCUGAUCGUGCGACCUCGUGGCUGGAGACCCAGUGCGCUGCACGCCUGUCUGGGAGUUGCCCUCAGCUGGGGUCUGGCUCUGCUCACCGCCAUGCCUUUCCUGCUCUUCUCCAUUACUACUGAUGCACCCCUGCAGCAGCUGCCUGCCAUUUUGCGUGAGCACUACCGAGGCAAGGUGGUGUGUAUGGAGCAGUGGCCCUCUCGCCAAUUCAAGCUUACCUACACAACCACCAUGUUGCUGCUGCAGUAUGUCGCACCCCUCGCCUUCAUCUUCAUUUGCUACCUGAAGAUCUACGUCCGUCUGCGGCAGCGGAAAAGCGCGAUGGAGCGGAUGCGCGAGAACAAGUAUCGCAGCCACGAGACGAAGCGCAUCAACGUCAUGCUGUUCUCCAUCGUCGUGGCCUUCGCUAUCUGCUGGCUGCCGCUCAACGUCUUCAACGCUGUCGUCGACUGGAACCACGAGGUCACCAUGAACUGCACCCACAACCCCCUGUUCUUACUGUGCCACCUGACUGCCAUGUGCUCCAUCUGCAUCAACCCUAUCUUCUACGGCUUCCUGAACCGCAACUUCCAGCGCGACAUGCAGUCCUUCCGCCUCUGCAAGAGGCUUUCUACGAGAGAGGAAGAAUACGACACCGUCGCCAUGUCCACCAUCCACAGCGACCUGUCCAAGACCUCUUUGAAGCUUAGCAGUGCAGAUAUCUAAGCAGAAGGACUCAAGAGCCCUGAGAGCUUGGGUCAUUCUGGUGCCACCAUUUACAGAGGGAGUACGAUUACGAUCACAUUAUCACAUUCAGCGCUUGCUGAAAUACUGUGUAAGAUGGAGAUGUGAAAAAGGCUCACUGGGACAGCUUAGAAACUUAAGUAGUGAGUAAGUGAGCCUUCCAGUGUUUUCCAUCUCUGCAAACAAAUGGGAAAAGUCGAGAUAAAGGACUCCCCUAGGAGACGGAAAUUAUGGUGCUGAAACGCCUUCAAAAGAUGUUGGUUUGAAAGCCAGUCCUCUAGAGAUGCACCAAAUAUAGACAUGGAUUUAAAUGUCAGAAAUUGUUAUUACUGGAUUUUGUAGAACAUGAUCUGUUUAAGUACAAGGCUACUGAGGUUUUAUUGCAAACUAGUCUUUAGUUUACAUGUCAUUGUACAGUAUACUGUAUGUUCACUUUUGUUUAGCAGUACUUAUGUUCUACACUUAUGAAUGUUACUGGCUUAUUUUUUUUUAUGUCCUAUUUAGAAUUGAAAAAAUGUUAGCUAAAGAAAGACAAUUGAUUGUAAAAACAAACAAGUUGUGCUUUGUAUUCGUCGCUAGUGACCAGCUACAGUAUGAAUGUACAGUAAAUGACCCUAGUUUGGUAGUGUAGCCAGGGGUAGCUCAGUGGUUAAGGCAUUGGACUACGGUUCGGAAGAUCCCAGGUUCAAACCCCACAACCACCAAGUUGACACUGUUGGGCCCUUGAGCGAGGCCCUUAACCCUCAACUGCUCAGAUGUGUAAUGAGAUAAAAAUGUAAGUCGCUCUGGAUAAGAGCGUCUGCCAAAUGCCUAAAUGUAAACGUAGUGUAAAUUCUUGACAGUAAUUUAAUUUAGAGCAUUGUGGUCAAAGUAAUUUAAUGUUCUAGAGUUAUUCAUUUGUAUAAUCAUGCUACUUAGAGAGAUGUUUAAUCUAAUACAACUGUACGAGGAUCCUACUUUACUCUCCAAACAGAAUCAGUUGAUGGAAUCUACAAGGUGUUGGAAAAUCCUUUUCCUUUGAGGUUCUGGACUAUUGUGAUUUGAAGACACAAACAUACAGCAUGUUCAACUGCGACCCAAAGAAGCACAAUUGGGGCGUCUCAUGCCAUUCCAAUGCCUAUAAAAGUGGUGCACAAUGUUAGACUGUGGGGAUUAAACAGUUCAUGAUUGUUAUACAGUAAAUGGCGUGUACCAGGAAGACAUUCCCCACAGCAUCACACCACCCCCACCUCCACCAGCCUGAACCGUUGAUACAAAGCUGACUGGGUCUAAACCUGCACCAGUCAAUGUUGGUGAGCCUCUGCCUACAGAUUCUUGCUAUUGGCUGACAGAUGUUAAACCCUCCACUUUACUUCUACUGGUGUAGCAUUCAACUAAAGUUCAAUAUGUUGUGCAUUCUGUUGUAGAGAGUGAUUAUUAGAGUUCCCAUAAUCUUCUUGAAAGUUCAAAUUAAUUCGCCCAUUCUUUUUUAUUACUUUUAUCUUUAUUCCUAGUACAGUGGCCAGACAGUGUAUAUUCAGGGCCCAAGCACUAUGACAUCAGCCCUAUGUCGUCAUUGUGUGUGAAAAGCCCUCUUGUUCAUACUUAAGGCCUUUAUUCAUGUAACAUUUAGCUAUUUAAAAUUUCCUACAUUUAACACUUGCAUUUAGAUUGGAUUCCAAUACUACCCUUUCUAAACAAUAGUACAUAUGCUGCAGGCUUAUAAGAUAUAAAAUAUGUGUUUAUUGUGCAUUUUAUGAAUUUCUGUGUGUAAACUUCCAUACAUUCAUACAUAACUAAACCCAGUUAUAAAAAUGAUCACAAACGCGACGGGCUGAAUUAAGGAGAGCUUCAACCUUGCCACGAGAGCUUAGUGACACUGUUUUUUUCCCCAGUGUGCCUCAACACAGACAACCAUGUUAGACAGAUUUCUUGUUGAGGGGGUAGACACACCACAUUGUGUGUGUGUGUGUGUGUGUGUGUGUGUCAGAUGGGGUCAGGUGGGGGUGUUAUGGUAUUUGUGUUUUUUUCUGUAAGCAUCAUGACAAGGAAGAUGACCGUUUCAGUUGAUGUAGGGUGUUAUUAUUUUUAGGCACGGAACAGAUUUAAUCUAUGGCUUACAGCUUGAUUCGAUUAAAAUAUUUCCUUAUUAGCUGGAGUUUGUCUAAUGAUGUCUAGAUGGUAGGAUAUCAGAAAACACAUGCCGUAUCCAAAGUUUUAAUGGGAUUAGAUCACCGGAGGUGCGCAGUUCGGCAGUGGACGUGGUUUAAAUAAUGAUAAAAAGUAUUUUCAGUAGAAUUUAAACUCAUGUUCAUGCCUGAUCUCUGAUGCCAUAUUCUUUUGAUAUUUGAACCAUUUUAAGAACCAUUUCUAGGUUGUCUACUGCGUUACUGAUAUGUCUCAUUGUGUCAUAUUCACACAGAUGGAAUUGAAUAAAGAUUGUCUUUACAUGUCUUUUUUAGUGAUAUAUACAGUACAUGUUGUUCUAUAAGUCUAUGUUAUAUUUACUUCAACCCUCACCUUUUAAAUGCCAUGGAAAAUCUACUGUAUGCAAAGUUUGGAUAUCAACCUGGAAUUUAACCAUACUGGAUAUAUAUGCUUCCAUAUAAACACUUUUUUUUUAAUUUACAUUUUUUUUAUCGUUAUUGAUCUUUGCUGUGUUACCGGCACAGAUGUGAAAUCUGAAAAAAAAAAAAAGGACUCUAAGCUUAAAAUAAGUCAGCGAACCAAAAAAUAAAUGCAUCGGCAAA